ACGUUUGACAUCUUUAUUUAUUUACAUGGCGCUUUCUUCUUCCAACACUGAACUGAUUGAAAAUGAUUUUGUGCCAACGAAACGACGAAAACUUAGUCAUGAAAGGGAUUCGUGUGCUUCAGAAGACCAGGCUAUUAAAGAUGAGUUGCCAAAUGAUACAAUGGCUGCUAUCUUAUACAUAAAGACAGUUUUUCCACAAGAGAAAUUCAAAGGUCUGGUACCAGCCAUAAUACUGAAGCAUCAGAUUUAUUGUGUGGUGAAGGAUAAGACGCUUGUGGAUCGGCAAUUGAACAAGUUGUGGAAAGAUAGAAAAGUACAGAUAUUCAAGUUGAUUUCAGGCUCUGAUGAAUUUGCUGUUGUGUUGAUGGAGGAUUACAUUUCUCAUGUGAAAAUGAAAAGAACUUUGGAGAAUUCUGCCACAAUUCAGUUGUUUGUGAAUAUGGUGCUCACAGAAUGUGUUGAUGUCUGUAUUGAUACAAACACAUUAUUGAAAAAGCACAACAUAAAGGAGAAAGAUAUUACGCUGUUGAUAAAAUAUGGCCUUCUGCAAUGUCAGGAUAUUGGUUGCUGGUGGUUGGGUGUCCCAGGAGCUGGUGUUUUUAUGAAACAAUUUAUAACUGGACGCGAGAGUAUCUUGCGAUACAUAAAAAAACGAAAAUUUAAGGAAAUUCUACAUCAGGAUUUAGAAAAGUACAAAUUGAAAUCAAAGCUGGGCGUGCAAUAUCAUAUUUAUGAUAUUGUUGGAGCAGAAAUGGUUCAAAGCAUUGAAACGACAUCAGGUCCGUUACUAAGACUAGAGAAAUCAUAAAUUCAACUUAAGUUUAAUGAAAACAUGGAUAUUAUCGACUAAAGGAAAAAGCCCUAUGCAGUAGCGGACGAAAUGGAAAGUGUGACGUUUGAGGAUGAAGCUAUUUUAUUUGAUAAACUUGCUUUUGAAGAAACUCUGCAGCUUGCUUUAUCUGACGAUUUUCAUUAAACUGGAUAGACUUGAAACACGCGACCUUUUUUGACCAAUAACAAGUUUUUCAUUAAACUGGGUAGACUUGAAA